AUUUAUUUUUUAAUACACUGUAGCACUUUGAGAUUGUUUACUCAAUACAAAGUGCUUUUUACAAAUAAAAUCUAUUAUUAUUAUUCUUUUCACACAAAGACAACCCCCCGCUAUCCCCCUCGCAACCCUGAUAAGGGAAGAGUGGGUGUUGUAUUUCACAUUCCUGAUGGUUUAAGACACUAAACAGACAAUCUGAAGACAAAGAGAGACUGGUAGGAUACACAAAGGAAAAGUACCAGCUGCUCUAAACAUGGAUAUGUAAAAAGAAAGAACUCUUAAACAUAUCUGCAUCCGUCCACAAGGUGUUUGGAUGUUUUUUUAAGGGCUAUGUAAGUGGAAUUGCGCGGCGACUGAGUCCAACAUUGUUUGAAGCUGCAAGAUACGAUGCAAGACUUUACAGCAGCCGUCAGUCACAAUGGCGUUACGACACAAAUAUGCAUGACGCUGCUGGCUCGUCCACUAAAUAUAGCACCCUGACACAUACAAAUAAAAAAAUCAAAUUCCACUUGUCACAAUUGGAUCUCCCAGACCCCCACACUUCCUAAAGUGUGGUUGUUUGGCAGCUUGGCCACUUUAAAGAGUGAGCUAGCUGGGAUUUACCCCGUCACACCCCCCCUGACAGGUGGAACAUUGCCGCCCUCCCCGUCUCCUCCCUUCCGCCUUCUGAUUGGUGCUGAAGGCGACGACGCUGCAGCCUGGACUCUUUAAAUAAUCCUACAGUGAGAUUGUCUUAUCAAUGAAGUAGUAAAAGGGGGGCUUAGGCUUUUAUUUUCUGAAUUCCACAAAAAGCGACCAAGAUGAAAAUGAUCAUCGGCAUUGGAGGCGUGACCAACGGGGGCAAGACCACCCUGACCAACAGACUGCUCGGGACUUUGCCCAACUGCUGUGUGGUGUAUCAGGACGACUUUUUCAAGAAGCCCGAUCAAAUAGAAGUCGGGGAGGACGGCUUUAGACAGUGGGAUGUCAUCACGGCCCUGGACAUGGAGGCCAUGGUCAGCACGGUGAGAGGCUGGCAGGAGAACCCGGUCAAGUUCGCCCACUCCCACGGAGUUCGCCUGUCACCCGAAGCCGAGGAAUGCGACUCGUUGAAGGAGGAGAGGAUCCAUAUCCUCAUUGUGGAGGGCUUCCUCAUCUACAACUACAAGCCUCUCAUGGACGCUUACGACAAAAGCUUCUACAUCUCGCUUCCUUAUGAGGAGUGCAAGAGGAGGAGAAGUACGAGGACCUACACCAUCCCCGACCCGCCUGGCCUGUUUGAUGGCCACGUGUGGCCCAUGUACCUGAAGCACCGCAAAGAAAUGGAGAGUCAAUGUGACAGAAUAGAAUACCUCGACGGAUUGACGUCAAAAGACGACAUAUACGACCACGUCUUCGAGAGCAUCCAGAACGCAAUUCUCAACUCAUAGCGUGACGACCACCUGCCGGGGGAAACGUGUGUACAUAUGUGUAAAUAAAUGAUGAUUGCUGAAAUGUACAACAAUGUGUCGUGUAAAUAGUCGCCAACAACAAGCAGCGUCGUGUUUUCUAUCGUCCUGUCAAACGUUGUUGUUGUGUUUUGGUUCAAAGAGAUGAACUUCCUGUGCUUCAGCGCAGGUUGAAUGGACGUUCAAAGUGAAACCACCUAAAGACCACAUAAACAAACUCAAAAGACUCAAAUCUGUUUCCUGUCCUUCUUGCGCUCACAGUCUAAAUGUCACGUUUUGGGAGAACUAGUUGCAUCUUACUGUGAACCGCUCAAAUAUAACAAGUUUCCCUUCAUUUCUGAAUUAUUGCUGGAAACCAACAAAAGUGUCAACUUAAUUUUGCCUUAUUUUUACUGAAUCACGUAUUUGCAUAUUAAUACACAAAAAAAGAUUAAAUCUUAAAAUAUUUCUGGUUAGUUAUCCCUGUUUUGUUUUGUUAAAUAAAAUAAAUAUAUUUAAUUUGAAAAAAAAAUUAAUAUUUAUUUUUUA